UUUUUUUGGGACUCGUUGGCUAGAAAACAAGUUACUUGUUGUGUACGUAAUCGAGAAUGACGCUAACCUUGAAGACUUGUUCCCCUUCCUCGAACCGAUCAACAUUGGCCGGAGAUGAUUCACACUUGUUUCAUCACAAAAGCUACAGAACACACACGACCACACUCUUCUUCGUCCUCGUGUCUCUCUCCUUCUUCGUCAUCUUCUCUCUCUACUGCUCAUCCCCAAACGCCAUCUACCGCGCUGCUCUCUUCACCACGACCCGCCAGGCCAAACCAGGGAUCGUCAGCAGCAGCAGCUACGUGAUCAACGUUCAAGACUCGAGCCAUCGCCGCAGGAUCAGAGCAGAAGGCGUUCUAUGGCCCGGAUGGGAGAUCAUGGUGAUCGUUUCCCCCGAUGAGAACGUCACGACGCCGCCGAUUCCCGGAGAGAAUAACUACACGUGUUUUUACCCUAACGGCGAGAAAACAACGGCGAGGUUCGCCGUGACUCUCCCUUUCACGAACCGUACGACGUUCAAAUGCAACCUCCCCGGAAUAUACCGCCACCACCAUCCCAUCCCGACUCCGAUCCUCGCCUCCUCCGAGUCCUUCGAGCUUUCGCCGGAGACGCUCUGGCCCGACCUCCCUCUAUGGAACUUCGUGGUGUUCGACACCAUCUCCACCGAGAACGACGUCGUUCUCUUCGUCAAGGGGCCGAACCGAGGGUUGGGAUCGAAGAAACCGCCGGGGACGUUUCGGUGCGUGUUCGGCGAGGAGUCUGACUCCGCCGUUAGAACCGUCGUGACUAGCUCCGUGCAAGAGGUGUUCCGGUGUCCGUUCCCCAACGUGACGAUGGACUAUCCGGUGAAAGUCUACCUCGAGAGGGUGGCGACGGAUAAGGAGGCGAUGAAAGUGGUCCCUUCGGUGGCGUAUUUUAGCCCCAAGCGUAGGUUAGCUGAGCCGCUUGAGAAGCCGCUACUGUGCGCGACGACGAUGGUGUACAAUGUAGCCAAGUAUCUGAGAGAGUGGGUGAUGUAUCAUGCGAGGAUCGGUAUACAAAGAUUCAUUAUAUACGACAAUGGCAGCGACGAUGAGCUAAACGACGUCGUCGAGGGGUUAAAGAGCGAAAGAUACGACGUGACGAAAGUGUUGUGGAUCUGGCCCAAGACGCAGGAGGCUGGGUUCUCCCACGCGGCGGUGUACGGUAACGACUCGUGCACUUGGAUGAUGUAUCUCGAUGUCGAUGAGUUUCUAUUCUCUCCGGUUUGGAGUAACCAGUCUAAACCGUCUGAUCAGAUGAUUAGAUCUCUUCUGCCCUCGGAUCAAAGCAUGAUUGGACAAGUAUCGUUUAAAUCACUCGAGUUUGGGCCUUCGAAUCAGACAAAGCAUCCAGCUGGCGGUGUGACACAAGGGUACACGUGUCGGCGAGAGGAAGAGCAGCGGCACAAGUCGAUCGUGUUGCUGAGCGCGGUGGAGCAUUCGCUGUACACGGCGAUCCACCAUUUCAGUCUGAGAGGAGAGUACGAGUGGCGAGUGGCGGAUAGGGAGGAGGGAGUGGUGAAUCAUUACAAGUACCAAGCGUGGCGGCAGUUUAAGGCCAAGUUUAAACGGCGUGUGUCGGCCUAUGUCGUGGAUUGGACUAGAGUUUCAAAUCCUACGUCGAGAGAUCGGACUCCUGGAUUGGGCUUUAAGCCCAUUGAGCCAGAAGGGUGGGCCCAAAAGUUCUGUGAAGUAAUGGAUACGAGAUUGAAGAGGUUAACCGAGAAAUGGUUUGGAUAUCCGCAGAAAAACGGGUAUAGAAUGGCCUGGCAAAGAUGA